AUGUCAUCCGCGCCCAUAACUGGCGUAGCGUUCUUCACUUCUCUGAGUAAAGUGCCGCCAAACUAUACCGUUCUAGCUCGCACGAAAGACACACACGAAGAUGCCGACCUUGGAAAAGAAACUAUCUUCAAAAAAUCCGCACGCUAUCUGGGCUACGAGAAAGCCCCGUUCGAUCCCCAAUCGCCACCGAAAGUUCUUGUGGAGCUGAUAAUAGCAAACGAGAAGGAACCUGUACGCAGUGGGUUUCAGGCCAUCGACAAGACCCACGACACGCACAGCAGUGCCCCGGCCAAGCGCCCGGCUCCGAAGCCCAGUCCCUACCCCUCGCUGCACGGUGAUUCUGUCUCCUCACCCAUCUUCCAACCCAUGUUUAAUCGUAAGUCGCCAGUGCGUUGUCAAUAUUUGCCCCGCUUUGGGGAACUGCUCGCUCCGUCUGGUUAG